ACACCCCGGAGGGCCGGGUCGCGGUGGGGACGCGGAGCCGGAGGCCUGGGCGCGCUCAGCGCUCGCUUCUCCCCCUGGGCAGGUCCCGCCCGGCCCGGCCCGGCCAUGGAGUUUCCGGACCUCGGGGCUCACUGUUCCGAGCCGAGCUGUCAGCGCUUGGAUUUUCUGCCGCUCAAAUGCGAUGCCUGCUCGGGUAUCUUCUGCGCAGACCACGUGGCCUAUGCUCAACAUCACUGUGGAUCAGCUUACCAAAAGGAUAUCCAGGUUCCUGUAUGCCCCCUCUGUAAUGUGCCUGUACCUGUGGCCAGAGGGGAGCCCCCCGACCGGGCUGUGGGAGAGCACAUUGACCGAGACUGUCGUUCUGAUCCGGCACAGCAAAAACGCAAGAUCUUCACCAAUAAAUGUGAACGUUCUGGCUGCCGGCAGCGAGAGAUGAUGAAACUGACCUGUGAUCGAUGUGGCCGAAACUUCUGCAUCAAGCACCGUCACCCCUUGGACCAUGAUUGUUCCGGCGAGGGGCACCUUACCAGCCGGGCUGGGCUUGCUGCUGUCUCCAGAGCACAAGGUCUGGUGGCUUCUACAAGCACUGUCUCCAGCCCAAGUCGGACUUCGCCUUCCUCUACCUCUCCUAGCAGAGUCACAACCCAUUCUCCAUCCCGGACAGCCCCAGUGAUUGCUUUGCAGAAUGGCUUGAGUGAAGAUGAGGCUCUGCAACGUGCCCUGGAACUAUCCUUGGCAGAGACCAAACCCCAGGUCCCAAGUUCUCAGGAGGAGGAAGACUUGGCCUUGGCACAAGCACUGUCAGCCAGCGAGGCAGAAUACCAGCAGCAGCAGGCGCAGAGCCGCAGCUUGAAGCCGUCCAACUGCAGCCUGUGCUAGGGUCCUGGGCUUGGGGAGGGAGGCUCAACUGAGGAGGACUGUGGCCCUCACACCUCCAGGGUACACAGAGAGACGUGGCACAGAGCAGCCCGGAGGGCAGAGAGAAGCCCGUGUGAGGCGGAGGCCACUGCAGGGAGAACGUGGAGGAAGCUUGCAUAGCUGAGCCCAGCAAAGGCUUUGGUGGCGCUCCUGGUGUGGGAAGAAUGGCUGGGGACUGUUUCCUGACUGGGCCAAACCCCACCUCAUCAUGUCAUCUCCCUUCUCCUGGGGCUGCCACAUGUGGCGGACAGGGAGGGACAUGGAAGGAGUAAAGACCUUGGCAGUCAGUAA